CUUAUUGGUUCGGCGCUGGGAAGAAUGGGCGUUUCAGUACGUACUUGUGCAACGUCAGCGCGUAGAGUGCAAACUUUACGCACGCUCGCUCCUAUAGCAUCUAGCUACCUUUUUGCUGGGUGUCGCAUAGGAGGGUCCAUUGGUUCUUGGUCGUAUUUCCAUACGUUGCAGUUACGCUUGAAUCCACAGAUUUCAACCCCUGCUGUUAUGAACUCCGACAUGGACGAUCUUGAGAUGGAAAAUCAAGUUGAACUUGAAGAAAAGACUCGGCUUAUCAACCAGGUUUUGGAGCUUCAGCACACCUUAGAAGAUCUCUCUGCUCGUGUGGACGCUGUUAAAGAAGAAAACCUCAAACUGAAAUCAGAAAAUCAGGUUCUGGGCCAGUACAUCGAGAAUCUAAUGUCUGCUUCCAGCGUGUUCCAAACAACAGACACAAAGAGCAAGAGGAAGUAAUAUGCUGCUCCUUUAUCAUGGCUUCCCGUGGGCUGCAUUUUCUUUUAUUUGAACCAGGGUCUGGUUACCAUAGAAGUGCAUUCACAUAACUAGUGCUAGCUGUAAUGUUGUACAAUAGACCAGUGUGUAAACUGCACUACUGAAAAGGGCCAUUGGAUGCCCAUCAAAUAUCCAGGACUUGGGCACAAAUUAUUUUGAGAUGGAGACGUAAGAUAUCACUACAUGUUCUGUAAUAAUGAAACAUUAGGGUUAUGCUUAAAAAAAUGGUUUGCAUGGGGGACGGAUCAGAUAUUUACAUGGAAUCAGACUGUGGCUUGUGCACAAGACGGGACAUUGAUUUGCCUCCCAGCUGUCUCUAUUCCGCUCUCCGUUUACCAUUAAGGUUGCCACCUUUUCUGGAAAAAAAUACCGGCCUUCCUAUAUAUUUAUCUUUUUUCCCUAUUAAUAACAUUGGGAUCAACCAUCAUUUUUACCAGCCAGGCCAGUAAAAUACUGGCUAGGUGGCAACCCUAUUUACCAUACAAAAACAAUGUUUGUUUGUUAAUUUGAUAUAACGUAGGGCGUGUUUUUAGCGUGUUCUUUCUGUAUUGCUCCUGUCUGCAAGUAUUUCUAUCAUCUUUAUGUUCAGAGCUUCUACAUGUUCUUUCUUCCUUUCAUUACUCUUCCAUGUAACACAAAGUACAGGCUGCAGAUUUGCAUCAUCACACAGGCUACAAGUAUAAAAUGUUUUCUGUUAAUCAUAAAGGUUAAUAUCCGCUCAGAUACAAAGGUAACCUGCAGUGCCCACAGGCAUUACGAAUCCUAAAAAGGUAGUUGUGAUGCCUCUAGUAGUGUUCCAAUUGGCAGUGCAAGUAGAACAGAGGAUUAUUGAUCCCUAUGGCUGGAACACAGGUCAACCUUGAUGUUAAUUCUAUACAUAUGUCCCCAAACAUUCACAGGCAGAGGGAUCAGCCAUCACUCUUCAUACCUAUACUGCCAUCUUUUGGACGACCAUUAAAAUGACUCAGGAGCAGCUCUCAGAGUGAACCUCCGUGGCCAUAUUAGUUGGCCAAAAAUAAAAAUAAACUGAUUGUGUCUUACCAAGUGUUACAUGGAAUGAUUAUUAUAAUCAGUAUUUAAAUGAGCACCUUCUCAGCAAUGUCAAUAUUAUGUACAUGUGUCUGACAUUGUUGGGCAAUUGUUUACAGAGCAAGAGUAGACUGUUAGAGGUUUAUUUAUCAAAGUCCAAAUUUAUCUCAAUAUUCUCUGCUACAAACUUUUUACACUUAUUUAUUAUUACAUUUUCCCGAAAAUUUGCUUAGCGGGGAAAAAAAUCUGAUUUUCACAUCCCCGAGGAUGGAAAAGUCCGAAUCUGAAAAUGCGGCAUCUCAGACCUGUCGAGGUUGCAUACAAGUCAAUGGGAGAAGUCCCAAUGGUUUUUUGAAUUUAGUAAAUAACCCCCUUUAUGUGACUUCUUCCUCUAAAUGAAUUCUGGAAAUUAGACUGCAUUUAUGGGUUAAAUCUGUGUUUCAUUGGUGUCCCUGGCUCCCAACCAGCCCAGAUCUUCAGCAUAUGAUGGAGCAUGGAGUUUACUUUCCAUACACAACUCCAGAUGUAGCCCAAAUGCUGGGAAUUUGCACUUCCGGGUGCAGGCGUCAAGUUUGCACCAGGAGUCCUCCAGGCGUUUGAUGUAACUAAGUUAAAAGAAUCACAAGGUAAAGUCUGUGCUGUAGAAGCCACAAGUCUCUUCUUUCAUAUGUUUUCAUGCCAGUAAUACUUUGUAUUUUUUCCCUUCAUUUGCUGCACUAAGCCACAGUGAACUAUCCACGCCUUAUACCAGGGAAGUAAUAUGGUGCCAAAUAUGGCUCGAUGUUUCCUAUUAGCAGCUCUACUACAGUGUGUAGUUUGUAAUAUGGCAGUGACACAGUAAGUGUAACAAUAUGACAGUUAUUGAGCUAUUGUAUGGAAUAUGUUUGCACCGAUAAUGUUUCUAAUUUAUUUUGGAUGUUAAUGAAAUAAAACCCUUUUUAUUUUGUUUGCUUUAA